UCCAGAGUUAUGUACACGGUGAUACACAACUGAAAAUGAAAUACUGCCUUUCGGUAGCUUUAACAGUAGCAUCAGAUUUGUAUAAACCCUUUAACUGUCAUCCCAGAUAAACGGAGAGACACUUGUUGCCUGCAUGAAACGAUAGGAGGGAUCUUUGGGAGACUAACCGGGAGAGGGAGAGAGCUGCUGACUCAGGACUUUCUCUCUCCUCCGGAGGACUGAAGCAGCCGCAGAAACCGUGAACCAGGCACAGCUAUGCUGGGUGUCCUCGUCCUUCUGUCCCUCGCCUCCCUCGGGGCCCUGGUGCCUCCCCCGGGUUCUCCUCAUGUGCCCUGCAGACGCUGCUGUGAUCACCUGGAGCCAGCAGAGGGCAGCGGGGACCAGCCUCCCCCAGAAACACAGUUCAGCCACAGGCCAGAGAUCCGCACCUACAUCAACAUGACCAUCCUCAAAGGUGACAAAGGAGAACGUGGCGACAGAGGAACUCCAGGUAAAACUGGACCAGAAGGCCCCCCAGGUUCCAGAGGUCAAAUGGGCUCGAAAGGCACUAAGGGCCAUGCAGGGCUCCCAGGAGACGCCUGCAAAGUCCAGUACUCCGCCUUCUCCGUCGGCCGUCGCAAAUCCCUCCACAGCCUGGAGUCCUACCAGGCGCUUGUGUUCGACACGGUCUUCGUCAACCUGGACGACCACUUCAACAUGUUCGAUGGGAAAUUCCUCUGCCGCGUCCCGGGGAUCUACUUCUUCAACGUGAACAUCCACACCUGGAACUUCAAAGAGACGUACCUGCACAUCAUGCACAACGACACAGAGCAGGCCAUCGUCUACGCCCAGCCCAGCGACCGCUCCAUCAUGCAGAGUCAGAGCCUGAUGCUGCAGCUGAAGCUGAAGGACGAGGUGUGGAUGCGUCUCUACAAGAGGGAGAGGGAGAACGCCAUUUACAGCGAUGAUGUGGAUGUCUAUAUAACUUUUAAUGGAUACCUCAUCAAAGGAAUCACCGAGGGGAACUAAAAAAAAGAGAGGAAAAUGCAAAGCCGAGCAGGAGACUGUUGAGCUCAGGUGGAUGGAAAGCCAAGUAUUUGAAGUUUCACAGCAGCAGGAAGCAACUCACUGAAAAAUAGUUUCUUAUAAGUUUUAUAAUUCCAUUGUGGUGCUAAAAUAUUAAAAAUGGUUGCCAAAGAACAAGCUUUGCCUUCAUCGAGAAAGUGUGAAGAAAUUAAAUGAAUAUGCUGUUUAAAGUAUAAAUAUGGCAGGGUUUUUGAUUUCAGGGUCAUUUCUUUUUCCCUCUUUGCUUUUCUUCAGUAGCUCGACAUGUGGUGCUAAAAAAAAACGGUCUGAAGAUACCAAUUUUAUAAUACCUCUAUGUAUUGUUAUCACACUAAUGUACUAUGUUUGUACAGGGUUUUAUACAUAAAACUGUAUAGUGUUUAUAUUGUUGUAUUAGCCAACAGCCAUGCAGUUCCCCCCUAUGACCACUAGAGGAGGUGUACACGUCAAUCCCACUUUUCCGUAAAAACGUUUAAAAUAAAACAAGCAAAACAUACGUCGGUGUUUCUGUUUCAUUUGCAAACUUACAUCGCUGUUAACAACAUAAUUGAUACCUUAAAAGCCAAAGACAGCCGUCUGGAUGUUCGGUUGAUUUUCUACACGCUAGUAAGCUAACAAGUGUUUGUGUCUAAAUUCACCAGACGGGGUUAAAAGUCAUUUCUGAUGGUUAAGGGUAUCCAUAUGUAUCAGUUCUGCCUAAAGUAAAGGUAUAUAAAUAUUACCCUGGAAAUAGUAUGGUAUGGUAUGGUAAAAAAAAAAUACCUUCGCCCAUCAAUGCAAAUACCUGUGGAAAUUGGUGUGUUGGAAACCUGUGACCUCCAACUUGACCUCUAAGGGUCUGCUCUAUCUGGACUGUCUCCAAAAGGGUCUCAUUAAAUGAAGGUUUGGAUAGAAAAGAACACAGUGACCCCUUGAGGAUGUCACAGAGAGUUGCUUAGUAAUAAAAAUGUUUCUUCUCCUUGUUUUCUGCAUUUUGUUUUGUAGCUUAUACGUUAUCUUUCCCUGUCUGAUGACUGUUUGACGUCUCAAUUAUCGUCCACAUUUUCUGUUAACAUUUUUAUGGCAUGAACUGCAGCUGUUGUCGUUUCCUGUUGUCCUGAUAAGCAGUUUUCCCCUCCCCCAUUUCCACAAGGCUUUCAUGUGAGCCCUACUUAAAGGGAUUAUUCUGCUUCAUGGUGUUGAGACAAUAUUAUUAAAUAUUAAAAGGAU